AUGGGAGUUCAUAGCUCAUCCUUUCUGGGUUUUCCGAUCGCGGUGGCCGUGCUGCUCGCCGCUGUGAACUGCAGUACUACUGUCCUCCACCUGGAGAAGACACCAUCAGCAAGCGUUGAGCGACAUGUAGCACAGGAUCGAGCCAGGCACGCCCGUCUGUUUGACGGCGUCGCCAACUUCCCUGUCUACGGCUCUGCCGAUAUGGACCUGUACGGGAUUUACUACACAAAAGUCAAGCUGGGGUCUCCACCUCAGGAGUUCAGCGUGCAGAUAGAUACAGGCAGUGAUCUACUCUGGGUGAACGCAAAAUCUUGUGCUAACUGCCCACGGUCGAGCAGUUUCGGGAUUGGCCUCAGGUUUUUCGAUGCUGCUGCAUCUUCCACCGCCAAGGCUGUCCCAUGUCCCAGUAAAACUUGUCCAGAUCAGUGUACAGAGAAUGGGCAAUGUAGCUACACAAUAAAGUAUGAAGAUCGUAGUGUGACCUAUGGAGUCUAUAUGGUGGAUAGGAUCGGUUUGGACUUCAUUCGGCCGGACUCAACCAUAGGCACCUCCUCAGCAGCUAUCGGAUUUGGUGUAAGCACCUACCAGUCUGGCACGCUAGCUGACUCGGCCCUCGCUGUUGAUGGGAUCUUUGGACUUGGCCGAGGACCUCUUUCACCCAUCUCACAGUUAGCGUCCAGAGGAGUAAUACCGCCAGUAUUCUCUCAUUGCUUAAAAGGAGAGGGCCUUGGCGGUGGUACUUUUGUUCUGGGAGAGAUAUCUGAGCCGGGGAUGGUGUACACUCCCCUUGUCCCUGCACAGCCUCACUAUAAUCUAUAUCUGCAAAGCAUUGCAGUGAAUGGAGAGUUGUUGCCCGUCGAUCCAGCAGUCUUCGCAACCUCAACUGGACGUGGAACGUUUGUGGACAGUGGGACAACCCUGGCGUACCUGGUGGAAGAAGCAUACGAACCAUUCUUAAGCGCUGUCACUGCUGUGGUCUCACCGUCCGCGACUACUAAAAUAAUUGUCGGACAGCAGUGUUACUUGCUGAGUUCCAGUGUAUCUCAAGUCUUUCCUGUGGUGAGCUUGCAUUUCGCCAACAACGCUUCUCUGAUAUUAAAACCAGCCGACUACCUUUACGAAUUUGUUGGCGAUGCACGUGGGACGUGGUGCGUAGGCUUUCUGAAGAAGCCAGGGUUGACUAUCUUAGGAGAUCUUGCUCUGAAAAACAAGAUCUUUGUGUACGAUCUGUUCCGCCAACAGAUUGGAUGGGCGACUAACUCCGAUUGCUUGAAGGCAGCACAUGUUUCUGUUCCCAAACAACGAAGCUCAAGCUCUUCUUCCGGAGACAUGUUGAUGCUGUUGAUGUUGCUUCCUCAAGCAAUUAUCAUUCUAUUCUUACAAAUAUCAUAG